GAGGUGCAGCUAGCUCGCAGUGGGUAAGCUGUUAACGACCCCACUUCCCCUAAGAGGCUUGGAAAUUGCGCUUCGUUCACACACAGGGUGAGUUCAGUUUUUUUAAGAAGUGUGACAGGCCGGUCAGACCCUGUACUAGCCGCCAAAGCCAUGGAACUAAGCAAGGGAAGGACCUGUCCUCACGGGGUUUUCUCAGAGUUUCUCAAAGCCCAGUGGAAAUUUCUAUCUGCUGGGAAAGAAUGUUAAUUUCAUUAAUUUUAUCAGCAUUUUUAACCAGUCUUGGGAAAACUUUGGUUGACACAAACAAGGUGACUACCAUUAACGUUUGAGCUUUCCUGAAGAAAACUUCAGGAGGGAAAAGAACACCUUUGGACUGAAGGGGAGAGGCCUGCUGGAGGAGCUUGCUCGGGCUGCCAUAAACAAGCACCCCAGGACGGGCGACUUACAGAGCAGAGAUUUUCUGGCUCAGUGUCUGGAGGCUGGAAAUCUGAAAUCAAGGUGUCAGCAGGGUUGGUUCCUGGGACAUCUCUCCUCGACUUGUAGACGGCCAUCUUCUCCCUGUGUCUUCAUGUCCUUGAAGCUGGUGUGGGCUUCCUUUCCGCGUCAAAGGUUCCACACCGGUGGGAGUUGCCUCAAGGGCCGGACCGGCGCUGAGCACCUGUGGCUGGUGCGGCAUUUGAGGGACCCGUUUGUGAAGGCUGCGAAGGUGGAGAGUUGCAGGUGUCGAAGUGCCUUCAAGCUCCUGGAGGUGAACGAGAGGUACCGGAUUCUGCGGCCUGGCCUCCGGGUGUUAGACUGUGGCGCCGCUCCUGGCGCGUGGAGCCAGGUGGCCGUGCAGAGCGUCAACGCUGCAGGCACAGAUCCCCGUGCUCCUGUUGGCUUUGUGCUUGGGGUAGAUCUCCUUCACAUACUCCCCCUGGAAGGAGCAACUUUUCUGUGCCCUGCUGAUGUGACUGACCCAAGAACCUUCCAGAGAAUCCGAGAACUGCUUCCUGCUGGGAGAGCGGAUGUGAUUCUGAGUGACAUGGCACCCAACGCCACGGGGAUCCGGGGCCUCGACCACGACAGGCUCAUUAGCUUGUGCUUGUCCCUUCUGGACAUGGCUCCAGAAGUCCUGCACCGUGGGGGAACAUUCCUGUGUAAAACCUGGGCUGGAAGUCAGAGCCAUCGGUUACAGAGGAGACUGACAGAGGAAUUCCAGAAAACAAGGACUGUAAAACCUGAAGCCAGCAGGAAAGAAUCAUCAGAGGUGUACCUCUUGGCCACACAGUACCGAAGAGGGAAGGGGGAAGGUCUGUGAAGGAAUGAGAGUUUCAUCUGCUGUUUCUGGUUCUUUUUCACUGCAAAUGUAGCUUGAGCCCUUUCCUGAAGUGUGGCUGGGGAGAUCCGAGCUUGAUCUGGGAUGCAGCGGGCAGGACAAAUGGGGAACCUUUUUUUAAGCGUAAAAGAUAUGACAAAACUAUAUUCAAUGUCCAAGACAUAUGAUAAAAAAAAGUCUCUAUAACAUGAUUUGUGAAGAGGAAGAGAUAGGCAGAGAUUAAAGGAUGAAAAGGCAGACGGAGGGAAGGAUAAAAACACUCGGAGGCAGAGAAACAUACACACGGACACCUUUAUGUAACUUUCUCUUCAUGCCCACGUUAGUAUGUUACAGAGAAACAGGCUUCCACCCUUGCUCCGAAACAACCCACAGGUUUCCAGGUGUUAUUUUGGGUUUACCGUGUAAUGUAGAAAAAAUCUGAAGUUUCAGUCUGGGGAUUUGUGUCCAUCUCUCUGGCAAAUGAUCUGGAACUACAUCCAUUCUUCAAGCAGUGAGAGUUCUCAGAACAAUUAGGGAAGACAUUUGGUAUGAAUUAUGCAUGGGGUGGGUGUGCUUUGUUUUCUCACUGGAAUUGUUGCUGUAAUACUCCAGCCUCCAAAGACUUAAAGGUAAGUGCCAAAGCAAGCAGAGAAGUGGUGUGUUCGUUUAUUUCCUUUUACUCUUCCACGAACUCGAUGCAACUUUACAAAACAAUAUAGGUCGUAUUAUUUUAUGGAAUUCCCAUGUUUUUAAGUUUGUCUUUUGAAAAAUUAAUUUCUUCAAAACCAUUUCCUGGAGGUGUGCUCACCCCUUAAGAAGAGUUUAUUGAUUGUAAUGAUGAUUAAAUGUGUAGACUGAAAAAAAAAUGCACCACCUAAAAGUUGAGAGUUAUGU